AUUGUCUCUCUCUUCAUAAGUUAGGACGUCAUUCAUCUGGAAUUAUUUCAUCAAAAUCGCUCUCUAUUUAACUAGCUUGUAGUUGAGUAAGAGCACCUAGUAGCGAUAAAGGUCGGCUGUGUUCGUGAUUACUGUAUAAAUUGUGAAAUAUGUCAAUAACAAUAUUUAUUAAGUCAAUAUAUCUCGAUCCCUGCGGUGUUCAUAAAGCUUCUAUCGUUUUAUCGUUAAAAAUUACUUGCAUACUCAGUGAUGGCUCUCGUAGAAGUACUAAUUCUUUUGGCUGUUGUUGUGUUUUUGUUUUACAAAUGGAGUGUUUCUAAAUAUCACAUUUUUCGUGAUCGGGGGAUACCGCACGACCAGCCAACUCCUUUGAUUGACACUAAAAUUUUCAUGGGAAAAUCAUCUUUUAUAAAAUUUAUUAUCGAUCGAUAUCAAGCUUUUAAAAGCAGUACAAUUUAUGGAAUUUAUUCGAUGCGUGAUUGCAAAAUUCACAUUCGUGACUUGGAACUCAUCAAAAAGGUGGUAAUAAAAGACUUUGAUUCAUUCCCAAGUUUGAUCGUUUUGAAAGACCAAAAGUGGCGGGAAAUGCGAAAUUGUUUGUCACCCGCGUUCACUGGAAGCAAAAUGCGUUUGAUGUUUAUGCUGGUCAACGAAUGUGUGAUUAAAGCGGUUAACUACAUCACCAGUGAGAUUCAAGCGAGUGGCAAUAAUGAGGUGGACGUCGAAAUGAAAGAUUUUUUUACAAGAUUCACAAAUGACGCUAUUGCAUCCACGGCAUUCGGCAUACGAAUUAAUUCAUUCAAUGAUCGAAACAAUGAGUUCUAUCAGACAGGAAAAGCAGUAACUGAAUUUACUGGUUUCAUUUUAUUUAAAGCUAUCUUAUUUGGACUUAUUCCAAAAGUGAUGAAGGUGUUACGUAUAAAACUGUUUGACGGCAAAAUUCUUAAUUACUUCAACCACUUGGUAAUCGAUGGAAUGAAAUACCGAAAAGAACACAAUAUUGUACGCCCCGAUAUGAUACACCUUUUGAUGGAAGCUAAGCAGCACUACAAAGAAACAUCGGAUUUGGAGGGAGAAAAUGCUGAAUUAACUAAUGAAGACCUUUUAGCUCAGUGUACGCUGUUCUUCGUUGCCGGAUUUGAAACCGUAUCCGCUUGUUUGUGUUUCACAGCGCAUGAGUUGCUCGAAAACCCCGAAAUUCAAAAUAAACUUUACGUAGAGAUUUUGGAUACGCAAAAGUCACUGGACAGAAACGCCUUACACUACGAUACACUUAUGAAGAUGAGCUAUACGGAUAUGGUUAUAUCGGAGUCUUUACGUAAAUGGCCCCCAGCAAUCAUAACAGAUCGUAUUUGUUCCGCCGAUUAAAAACUUAAGGAUGACGAAGGAAGUUUCAUUGCUGAAAUUAAAAAAGGAGACAAUAUAUUUGUACCCAUAAUUGGCAUUCAUCGUCAUCGCGAAUACUAUUCUAAUCCGAACCAGUUUGACCCCGAACGAUUUUCCGAUGAAAAUAAAAGUAAAAUUAAUCCAAUGAGCUAUUUACCCUUUGGUGUGGGUCCCAGAAUGUGUAUAGGAAAUCGGCUGGCACUGAUGGAAGUCAAAGCAAUUAUUUACCAUAUUAUCUUGAAUUUCAAAAUUAUGCGGACAGAGAAGACAUGCGAAAACAUAAUGGAGUCCAUUUCCGGAUUCACCUUAAUACCGAAAGAACGCUUCUGGAUGAAAUUGGUUCCAAGGAACCCCUAAAGAUAUUCAUAUUAUUGCUUAGCUUUCUGGCCAAUAAUUUCAACCAAAAUGAUUUUGAGUAUAAAAAACAAGGCUAAAAUUAAAAUUUAGUUUAAUUUGGAAACAAAGGAUUAGACUUGAAAAUCGCUGCUCACGCGUCUUUUUUCAUCAGAACUCGAUCCAGUGGCAGCACCCUAUGAUUUCGUUCGACAUCGUUUCCGCAUGGCUGUCUUUAUUAAAAUACUUAAAAAAGUUACAUUGGGUGUAAAUAAAAUCUUAUC